AUGAUGAACGACUCUGUAAUUAAGAAAGUGAAGCGAAGAAGAAAUACAUCGUUUUAUUCUAGAAAUGGUUGUCUGCAAUGUAAGAAAUCGCAUAAAAAAUGCGACGAGUCCCAACCAAAUUGCAAUCAAUGCACCAGGAAGAAACUAGAGUGUGUUUAUCCGAUGAAUAUCAUUGUCGAAAGUUUGAAUUCUCAGAACGGAUUAUGGUCAAAGGAAAGAAUGAAUAACGGCCACACGCUGUCCACUAAUAAAAACAUAAAGGCAUUGACAUUCGGGAAUAUAAAACUGCCCAAGCGGUCCACUCUCGGCGCAAAUAAUAAAGUGGCAAACAUGGUUGCCACUGCAGCGAACGUUUUUCAAUCAAAUAUACAACGCAUGAAUCAUCCAAAUUUAACCACAGACAAACAAACAUUACACUCCACUGCAUUAGAUACAAACGAUCACAACGACGAUCACAAUCACGAUCACAAGCACAAUCACAAUCACAAGCACAAUCACAAUCACAAUCACAAUCACAAUCACAAUCACAGACACGUUAAAACGAAUAAUAAAAGCUAUGAUAAGAACACUAAAGUGGACAGUUCCUCUUUUUUCAUCAGGGAUAGCAUAAAAAUGAUGGAACUAUUGAACCAUGAUGAAGAACUCCAUGACAAUGACGCUUCCACUAAGCACUGUAACAAGGAAAAUUUUUAA